UGAACCUCUCAAGCGGUUCUCUGCUGGGAAGAGCCCUCGAAAACAGAUACGAAUAUCGGUUCUAUACCUCAUACAAGUGUAGAUACACUAGGAGUUCGGAAAAGGAGUUCCCAAAGCAGUGGCAGAUACGAAACUAUUCCUAAAAGCGGUCUUAAGCGGUUCCCUACAGAUUUCCAGAUAGAAAACUAUCUUCAAGGCAGAAAAGAUACAUUCGAAAGAUGAAACUCCAUCGCAUGAAGCUGCUCUCUGGCUCCGCCGGCACCCUCAUCUUUGCCAUUCUCUUCGGUUGGGUUAUGUUCCCAAAGAUACUCAAAUUUAUGAUCUCCAAGCAAGUAACUCUAAAGCCCGGCACGGAUGUCAGGGAACUGUGGUCGAAUACACCCUUCCCCCUACACUUUUAUUUUUACGUCUUCAAUGUCACCAAUCCGGACGAUGUAUCCCAAGGGGCUCGACCACGUCUCCAGGAAGUGGGUCCCUUUGUGUUCGAUGAAUGGAAGGACAAGAUUGAUCUGGUGGAUGAUGCUGUGGAGGAUUCGGUGACCUUUACCAUGAGGAAUACUUUUAUUUUCAAUGCGGCGGCAUCGUAUCCACUGACAGGAGAGGAAAUUAUUACUCUGCCACAUCCCAUUAUGCAGCCUGGCGGCAUCACUGUGCAGCGGGAGCGUGCGGCUAUGAUGGAGCUGAUUUCCAAGGCCAUGUCUCUGGUGUUUCCUGGGGCCAAGGCCUUCCUCUCAGCCAAGUUUAUGGAUCUGUUCUUUCGUGGCAUCGAUGUGGACUGCUCACCGGAUGAAUUUGCUGCCAAGGCCCUGUGCACAGUGUUCUACACGGGCGAAGUGAAGCAGGCCAAGCAGGUCAACCAGACGCACUUUUUGUUCUCAUUUAUGGGGCAGGCCAAUCAUUCGGACGCUGGACGCUUUACUGUCUGCCGUGGCGUGAAAAACAACAAGAAACUGGGAAAAGUCAUACGAUUCGCAGGGGAAACCGAGAUGGAUGUGUGGCCGGGGGAUGAGUGCAACCAAUUCCAGGGCACCGACUCCACCGUUUUUGCCCCUGGCCUCAAAAAGGAGGAGGGCCUGUGGGCCUUCACACCCGAUCUGUGUCGCUCCUUGGGGGCCACCUAUGUGAGGAAAUCCUCGUAUCAUGGCAUGCCAUCCACCAGAUUCACACUCGACCUGGGGGACAUGCGUUCUGAGGAGAAGCUGCAUUGCUUCUGCGAUGAUCCCGAGGAUCUGGACACCUGUCCCCCAAGGGGCACCAUGAAUCUGGCACCCUGUGUGGGGGGUCCUCUGUUGGCCUCGAUGCCUCACUUUUACAAUGCGGAUCCCAAGCUUGUGGCAGCCGUUGAUGGCCUCCAUCCGAAUGAGAAGGAUCAUGCGGUUUAUAUUGAUUUUGAAUUGAUGUCUGGCACUCCCUUUCAGGCGGCCAAGCGCCUUCAAUUCAAUCUCGACAUGGAGCCCGUGGAGGGCAUUGAGGCCCUGAAGAAUCUACCAAAGCUCAUCCUUCCUCUCUUUUGGAUCGAAGAGGGCGUGCACCUGAACAAGACCUACACGAAUAUGGUCAAAUACACGCUGUUCCUUGGCUUAAAAUUCAACUCUGGCCUGCGUUGGACUCUCAUCACCCUCUCUCUGGUGGGCCUCAUGUCCGCUGCGUAUCUUUUCUAUCAGCAUUCGGACAGCCUGGACAUCACUUUGCCCCCGAAGAUCCUCAAGGAAGUGAACAAAGUGGCCGAUGCGGCCUUGAAUUCAAAGCCCUUUGCUCCCAAGGCUCCUAUCAUGCCGCAGGCGACUAUUCCGGGCACCAAUCCUCCCACCAAUCCUGUCGCCCAACCUCCUACAGGCAUUCAUCCUCCUGUGGCCUCGGUUCCAGGCAUUUCUCCACCGCUAAAUCUCAAAAUGGAGCAAAGAGAGCGCUUUUAGAGGUUAAGAGAGCAAGAGGAGAGAGAGAGAGAUCUCCGCGAUCUCUGGGAUCCACUGUACCGAUCCCCACCCCACUGUAGUUUCUUAGUAGGGAAGCACCACAUGUACGAGUAGUUUAUAUUAAAUUCAAAUGCUAAUAAAAUGCGACAGAAAACUUGU